AUGAGUCAACGAACAACUGCUGCAGUUCGAACACCAGCCGGAUGUACAACACCGUUUGAAGUGGUAACUGGAAACAGUCGACCUGCCGACAUUGUCUUAGCACCAUCAGGGUGCCCCUUGACUGAGCUCGAGUACGCCGACGAUGUUGUUAUACUCGCGGAAAGCAGUACGAAACUUCAACAUGUUGUCAACCUUGUAUCGAAGCUGGCCGCAACUUAUGGACUACGUCUACGCCCUGAUAAAUGCAAGCAGAUGUGGAUCUCUUCGAGACCUCGAACGGGAAUCAGGGUGGAAGGACAACCGAUAGAACUCGUCGAUGAGUUCUCUUACCUGGGCUGUACGCCGAAGAACAACGGUAGCUACGAGAAGAUAUUCAGCAAAGAUGCGCUAAGGCUACUUCUGCAUCUAACUCCUUAA